AUGGAUCCCUCCACUGACGACCAAGUGUUCGACGACUCGUACACCCCAACGACGCUGUACCAAGCCUCGCCUCCCUCACUAUCCCCCGUCUGGCGACUACACUUUCUUGACAUCCGAGAAACUUCACAUAACGACGUUAUCGCGCUGCUCUACCUCAUCAAACGACACGUCGCAAUACACGUGCUAUCAGUAGUACGAACAUGGGACGAACACACUCCCGUGUACUGGGUACUAUUCGGAAACACCAUGCAGGCACUGGCCGCCCGCGGAUUCGCCGCCAACGCGGAAGGAAGCCGUAGCGUGAAGGUCUCCGGAGCACUCGUACCCUUGGAACUAUUUCAUCUAGCGGAAGAAGAAGAAAGGAACCCUCACGCCGUCGCGCCAAUUGAGCCAAAUUGUUGGGACGACCCGCUCCGAGUAUACAUCCCUCCCACUCUCAGCGAGCAUAAACCACACAAUUCACCUAAUAAGGCCACAACGGCCUCGCAGCACUACAACGACAACCGCGAAACGAACGUAGUGUCUGCGCGUGACGAAUCUCGCGCUAGCCCAAACAAACCCUUAUACGAACGCAUCAAACAUGCGACGCUACUAGAACAGAUGACGUCGCCAUAG